AUGACGGGGAAGGAGAUCGAUACAGCAGCACAGGAAUAUGAGAAUCUUAAGGGGCACGCACAAGCGCUACAAGAGAAGUUAGUGCACGUGACAAAUGACCUCCGGGAGCACAAGCGUGUUCUGGAGACGAUAGAAGAUAUCGAUUCAGACCGAGUGGCCUAUCGCCUUGUGGGCGAGGUUCUCAUUAAAGAAACAGUUAAGGAGGUGAAGCCAUAUCUGAGCAAUACGAUCUCAUCGCUCCAAGAGGUCGUUAAAAAGUUAGAGGAGCAGCUUGCUGGAACAGAGAAGCAGCUACUUGAGUUGCGUGACAAGAUUGAGACAAAGUGA